AUGCCGCGCCGACAAGGUCUUCGCCUCACGAUGAGCUCUGGAGCAUCGAACAACCGACACUUUGGGAUCAGAGGAUUGCCCAAAGCAUGCGUCUGCGGCCGGCCAAUUGUGCUUUGGGACUCCAAAACACAAGACAAUCCUGGCCGCCCUUUCUACAAGUGCGAGACACAGAGAAAUGAUCACUACUUUAGAUGGGUAGAAGAAUGCAUGCUAGAGGAAAUUCAAGAUGUUGUCGCCAAAAUCGAGAAGCCAGAGUUCCAUAUCGGUUCGAGUAGCUCAGAUCUGGCCGGAAUGAAAAAGCUUGUGCAACACUUAUCUAACACUACAAAGCAGCUUUCACGGGAUGUCAAGAGAUUGAAGAUUAUUGCAAUCUCCUCCACCGGAUUACUAGCAUCAGUCAUUGCUGCGAUAGCAUACUUCAACUUUAGAUAA